GACAGAGUGACGGGCGUCACUUUUGACUUAUGGAAACAUGGCUGCCGGCAGGGUCAGGCCAAUCAGAAGUGAGAAGGCCGGAUCUGGGGCGGAGCUGAAACUUCGGCGGUUGAACCGCUCGUGAAGAGGGGAGUCCGUGGAGAAGGGACCCUGGCCAUGGACCAGCCAGCUGGCCUGCAGGUGGACUACAUCUUCCGGGGUGUGGAGCAUGCUGUGCGGGUGGUGGUUUCGGGGCAGGUGCUGGAGCUGGAGGUGGAGGACCGGAUGACGGCUGACCAGUGGCGUGGAGAGUUUGAUGCCAACUUCAUUGAAGAUUUGACUCACAAGACGGGAAACUUCAAACAGUUCAGCAUUUUCUGUAACAUGCUGGAGUCGGCCCUUACCCAGAGCAGUGAGUCCGUCACCCUGGACCUGCUCACCUACACAGACCUGGAGUCCCUGCGGAGCCGCAAGCUGGGGGGCCGCCCGGGUGCCUUGGCCCCCAGGUCAGCACAGCUCAACUCCAAGCGUUACCUCAUCCUCAUCUAUUCCGUGGAGUUUGACAGGAUUCACUACCCGCUGCCCCUCCCGUACCAGGGCAAGCCAGACCCUGUGGUUCUGCAGGGCAUCAUCCGCUCACUGAAGGAGGAGCUGGGCCGCCUUCGAGGGCUGGAUGGCGGCCAGGACACUCGUGAUACCCGGGAGACAGAGAUCUGGCACCUGAGGGAGCAGGUGACCCGCCUGGCAUCGGAGAAGCGCGAGCUGGAGGUGCAGCUGGGUCGCUCCCGAGAGGAGGCGCUGGCCGGGCGGGCGGCGCGCCAGGAGGCCGAGGCGCUGCGUGGGCUGGUGCGGGGACUAGAGCUGGAGCUGCGGCAGGAGCGUGGCCUCGGGGGCAGGGCUGCUGGCCGUCGCAGCCAGGACUGCCGCCGCCUGGCCAAGGAGCUGGAGGAGGUGAAGGCGUCGGAGCGCAGCCUGCGAGCGCGGCUGAAGACGCUCAACAACGAGCUGGCCGUGUACCGAAGGGGGAGACGCACCCUGCCGGCGCCGGCUCCAGCCCGGGGGGAUCGAGCUUCGUCGUCCCGGGAGCGCUCCACGUCUCGCGGCCGCGCGGCCACUCGCUCGUCGUCGCGGGAGAGUGGCCGUGGGGCCAGGGGUCGCGGCCGGCCGGCACGUCCCUCGCCCUCGCCCACAGGUGGUCGUGCGCCCCGAUUUGACCCCACAGCCUUUGUGAAAGCCAAGGAGAAGAAGCAGAGAGAGAUCAGGAUGAAGCAGCAGCAGCAGCAGCGGAACCGAAUGGGCAGUGGAGGAAGCGGGGACGGGCCGUCCGUCUCAUGGUCUCAGCAGACUCGGCCCGCUACUGCGGUGACAGGCCGAGGGGACGCGGCCAGCCGCUCCCGGAACCGCAGCUCCUCGGUGGACAGUUUCCGCAGCCGCUGCUCGUCGGUCAGCUCCUGCAGCGAGUUGGAGGAUUUCUCUGCGUCGGUUUCCAGGAGUCGUCGCUGCCGUGGCCGCGGGAAACCCCCCAGCCCCACACCCUGGAGCGGGUCCAAGACGAAGUCUACCACUCGAGAACGCAACAGUCACCAGAGACACCUGGCUAGUUCCGGGGGCUGGGUCCCCAUCAAAGAGUACAGCUCUGACUUCCGGGGAGCUGACAUGGCUGAAAUAGACGCCCGCCUGAAGGCUUUGCAGGAGUACAUGAACAGGCUGGACACUCGGUCGUGACCCUGCAGAGGUGGCACCCUGAUUCCCGUUCCACCGUCAGUGGGUCGGUGUGGAGGCAGCGCCCCUCCCACGCUCCACACCUCUAGGUGCUCCUGGGGUCUCAGGUGUGUGAGGCCCUGACUCUCCCCUCUCUCCCAGUAAUGCGUUCUAGGAGAAGAGGGUAUGUGCAUUUUGUAAAUAAAUAUGGUUGUUCUUGGC